UUGCACACCAAACACAAAACAAUGUUUUGUUUGUUUUCCUUGGAAAUUGCAACAACACUGUCACUUCAAAUCUUCUUUACAAGCUGAUGGGUAUGUUGUAGUAAUCUGACUAUCGGCAAUGGCAACGAUUUUCUCUGCCAAAUUUGGAUUUCAUCAACCUACUCAACUUCAACUUCCAGACCCAACUUCAUUUAACAAAACUAGAUGUUCUACAGCGACCUUACCAGUUCCAACUACCCAAAACGUCGAUGGAGUCUAUGGAAGCAAAAUUACAGAGUCAAGUGCUAGUUAUGAAACUCGCCAACAGACUCAAACCCAAGCUUUGGUUGAUCUCCUACAUCAAUGUGCAGAGAAAAGGUCUGUAAGAGAAACAAAAAUAGUUCAUGGUUUCGUUUUGAAAUCUAAAUUUUCGGAUAAAGACUUGUUAGUGUUACUCAAUCAUGUAGCUUACGCGUAUUCAAAAUGCUCGGAUUUUAGGGCUGCCCGUGAAGUGUUCGAUAAAAUGUCUAGGAGAAACGUUUUCUCUUGGACUGUUGUGAUUGUGGGUUCAACUGAGCAUGGGUUAUAUAAUGAUGGGUUGAAGUACUUUUGUGAGAUGCAGGAUUGUGGAAUAUGGCCCGAUGGAUUUACUUACUCUGCUAUUCUUCAAUUAUGCAUUGGUCUAGAUUGUGUGGAUUUGGGUAGAAUGGUGCAUGCCCAUAUUGUUAUACGAGGCUUUGCACAGCAUGUUUUUGUUAGUACAUCUCUCCUUAACAUGUACAUGAAAUUGGGGAAUGUUGAGGAUUCAUGUCGGUUAUUCAACACCACAACAGAACAUAAUGAAGUUUCUUGGAAUGCAAUAAUAUCAGGAUUUACAUCAAAUGGUCAUCACGUUGAAGCAUUCGAUUAUUUUCUUGCAAUGAAGAGGGAAGGAUUCACUCCAAAUACGUACUCCUUUAUUGCUGUUCUGAAGGCAGUUGGGAAUUUAGGUGAUGCUGAUAAAGGCAAAGAAGUUCACAAGUGUGUCUCCGAAUUGGGUAUGGAGUCUAAUGUUCUUGUUGGAACUGCCCUCGUUGAUAUGUACUCAAAUUGUGGGGCUUUAUCUGGUGCAAGAUCUGUUUUCGAUAUGAACUUUACGAAUUGCGAAGUGAACAUGCCAUGGAAUGCAAUGAUUUCAGGCUAUUCACGAUGUGGGUGUAGUCAAGAAGCUUUGGAAUUGUAUGUUAAAAUGUGUGAAAACAAUGUAAAAUCUGAUGUUUACACUUAUUGUAGUGUGUUUAAUACAAUUGCAGAUUUAAAGUGUUUAAAGUUUGGGAGGGAAGUUCAUGGGAAGAUUUUGAAGUCAGGGAAUGAUUUGAUGUUCUUAAGUAUUAACAAUGCAAUUGCAGAUGCAUAUGCCAAAUGUGAGUCCCUUGAAGAUGUAAGGAAGGUUUUUGACAGAAUGGAAGACAGAGAUGUAGUGUCUUGGACCACCAUAUUGACUGCUUACUCUAAUUGUUUAGAAUGGGAGGAAGCACUGGCCGUCUUCUCUAGGAUGAAGAAAGAAGGCUUUACACCCAAUCAGUUUACCUUUUCUAGUGUGUUUGUCGCUUGUGCUGCCCUUAGUUUUCUUGAAUUUGGUCGGCAAGUCCAUGGCCUUCUGUUCAAGGCUGGUUUGGACACUGACAAGUGUGUAGAAAGUGCAUUGAUUGAUAUGUAUGCUAAGUGUGGCAACAUAACAGAGGCAGAGAAUGUAUUCAGUAGCAUUUCUAACCCUGAUAUAGUUUCUUGGACUGCUAUUAUAUCAGGUUAUGCCCAACAUGGUUAUGUGGGACAUGCCCUUCAUCUUUUCAAAGCGAUGGAGCAGUUUGGUAUUAAACCUAAUGCUGUUUCAUUGUUGUGUGUUCUGUUUGCGUGUAGCCAUGGUGGCUUGGUAGAAGAAGGCCUUUACUAUUUCCGAUUGAUGGAGGAAACGUAUGGUGUGGUUCCCAAGAUGGAGCAUUAUGCUUGUAUUGUUGACCUCUUAGGGCGUGCAGGCUACCUAAAUGAGGCCUUGGAAUUUAUACAAAAAAUGCCAAUUGAACCAAAUGAUAUGAUUUGGCAGACAUUGUUAGGAGUGUGCAGGGUCCACAACAAUGUUGAGCUGGGAGAGAUUGCUGCCAAGAAGAUCCUUUCCAUUCGACCAGAUUAUUCAGCUACGUAUGUUCUUUUAUCCAACACAUACAUGGAGGUGGGAAGUUUUAGGGAUGGAAUUAGUAUGAGAAAACUAAUGAAAGAGCGAGGUGUGAAGAAGGAACCUGGGUGCAGUUGGAUAUCUGUGAACAGUAAAGUCCAUAAGUUUUAUGCGGGAGACCAACAACAUCCACAAAAAGACCAAAUAUAUAUCAUGUUAGAAGAAUUGAGGAAGACGAUUAAGGACAUGGGUUAUGUACCAGAUAUGUGAUACAUAUCGCAAGAUCUAGGGUUACAAUUUCUAUAGGCUCUCGAGAAGAUAGAUAUUUCUCUGUUUCAUGACAGCUAGCAUUCUGGCAUUUCUCAAUGCUUGAUGUAUUGCAACUAAACUAACGGGUAAAACUAUUUUCUUUACAUGCUACAAUCUCAAUUGGUGUGAAACUUUUGUGUUCGAAGACGUAGAACAGAGCUUAGAAUUGUUCCCAUGGAGCAAAUAAUUCCCCAGAUGAUGAAAGUCUUCUCAUGGCAGUUGAACCCUGUGCAUUCUCCAUAAUUGCUGCCUCUUUCUCUGUCAUAAUUGAGAGCAGCUAAAUGCCCAAAAAGUAAGGAACCCACAGGAAUGCUUGUGAGAACGAUGUUCUGGUUAAUGGACGCAUUUUGACAGCCAAACAGUUCAGAAGUUGUGGAGGAAGCUAUGGCAGCUAUGGCUCCUGAACAGGCUCCUAGAAUGGAUGUACUAAUGUACAAACAUAUGCUGCUGUCACUUGUGAGUAAGAAGAAUGAUGCAGGCAUGGGAAUCAUUAUGAUGGCUAUCAGUGCUGAUCUUGAUAAUAAUUUCCUUUCCCUGAAACAAGCAAAUUCAGUAAAUUAUAAAUUCAUCUGUGAAUGAUAUGGAACAGUGAUCUAACUACAUGUGGUGUUUGUGACAAAAAAGUGAUCAGGUUUACUUUGUGUUAAAAAAUGGUCUUUGUCUUUCUAAUUGAGUUUAUUCAUGGGAAUUCUUAAGCACUGGGCUUGGCUGAAUGAGCUUCGGGAAACUCCCCUUCUUCCCAGCAGUUCAAAGUUGUAUAUUGUUGGUCAAUAUACUAAAAAAUGUUUCUAUGCCUUUUAUGGGACUUGUGGUCAAUCUCAGGUGCUACUGGUUCUACUACUUGUGAAGAAGAAGGGACAAUGACACUUUGCAUCCUAUUACAUGCUCCGUAGACCCGUCUUAUGUUUUUGUAUGAUCCAAAUCUAUUUUGGUAAUUUUGCACUGUGUUCAGUUGUUGCAAUGCAGCCAAACCGUGACCUAAAUGUAGCAAUCUAUGUGGGCUUGCUAAAAAAAUUUCUACCUCUUUCUUGGUAUCAAUUCGUUGCUACUUCUGGACGUUUUUUGGAUUAUUGGUAACCCUCUAUAGGCAUAGAAAUUUUGUUCCUUCACCAUUAUUCAAUGACAACCAUGAAAUUUUGAGUUUA